AAAAAAGGAAAAAAAAAAAAAAAGAAACAGAGAAAGUGAAAAGAGAAAGAAUCAAAAUCAAUGGCUGAAGAAGAAGAAGUACUCUUUGAAGUUGAAGCUGUUGAAUCGGUUUAUGAAAAAGAUUGUUCUGUUCUCCAGCGUUACCCACCUCAUCUCAAUAUUCAUAUCAAACCUAGAACUGCUGAGGAUUCUUCACAACAGUUUGUGGAAGCUGUUCUUUGCUUACAAGCAGGACCUAAGUACCCUGAGGAGCCACCACAAAUCGACAUUAAGGAGUCAAAGGGUCUUGAUGAGGAACGGAAAGUACGUUUGUUAAAUAUCUUAAGGGAGAAAUCCCAAGAACUGUGUUCAUGUCUCAUGCUUGUAGCACUUUGUGAGGAAGCAGUGGAGGCUCUAACAAACAUGAACCAUCCUGAUGGGGAUUGCCCUUUAUGCUUGAAUACUCUACGUAAAGAUGAUACAGAAGGCGAUUUCCUGCCAUUUAUGAAGUUGAUGUCCUGCUUUCACUGCUUUCACAGUGAAUGCAUUAUAAGGUGGUGGAAGUGGCUCCAGGAGCAGAAGGAAACAAAUCCGGAUGCUUCAAGUGUCUCUUCUUCACAAUCUAGAAAUUUAGAGAGCUCAGAUUCACAUAGAACAGUUAACCUGAAUCCUGGACUCUGUCCUGUCUGCCGCAUGGUUUUUCAAACAAAGGACAUUGAACAUGUCCUUGAUUUGGUUGGAACCAAUUUAUCUCAAAUGAAUUUUACUGGAGCUGAAAUUGAGUAUGAAAAGGAGGUCUUGCAAUCGGAAGCUGAAAAUGCUAGAAGAAAGAAAUUUGAAGCCGUGUUGAAGUUACAAGAAGAGAAUAGUGGGCUGAUUGAACCUAAAAGAACCGAGGUUUUACGGCCAGGAAUGUUUCUUCCAGAACCACCUGUCGUGCAACCUAAGGAGACUGCCGAACCUAUCUCUGAACUACCACAACAAACAGAUCCAAACUGCAAACCUACCCCUCCCUUUGAGACAGGUUCAAGCCGAUCCUCAAACAAGCCUAGUAGCAGCAGCCAACGUAAGAACUGGGGGUCAAAAGCAAGGAAUAAAUCACGAGAUUCAAGAGAACAACCAAGGAAGUGGAUCCAGAAAGACGUUGGACAGUAACAGAGAGUGUGAACUCAUAACAUUUUAUUCAUCUGGUUUGUGAUAAAGCAAGUUUGUAAUAGUGAUGAAAAAGAAAAUUAGGCUAUAUAAUUAUACUCCUAUCUGUUAGUGUAUAUGAUGGUGGGAUAUGCACAAGAGAGAACUUUCAUGUUUCUGGUUCUUGGCACAUAGAAGUGUUCCAUAUCCCACCCUACCCAAAAACUGAAUCAAGCAGAAACUUUUACACACUGCUGAGCUGAUUUUGAAGGAAGCCCAUCAAGUUUUUAUA